CACGCGGCAGUGACGCAAGUAAGAUGGCGACGGCGACUUAACUGAGUCCAUUGCUCACGCUCUCGUAAUUGAGCUUUUGUGAGUCCAUCCUUCCGCAGGCCGCCUCUCGGUGGCGGGAACUGGUCGCUGGCCUGGCCUGGGGGCGGAGGGCUUCCCAGAGGCGCGGCGGCUGCCACCCGGGCUGUGUGAACCCUGGCCGCCCUUCGUCUAGAGUGGGGCGGGGGAGUGCGCUGGCAGCCCCCGCCCGAGAAUACCAGCUUUGCUCACCUACUGCCUGUCUGGUUGUGAGUGAAAAUCCAAAGGAAGACAGUUGUCCACUGAGCUAUUAACAAUGCAACCACAGGAGUUAAUAUCCUUCAAAGAUGUAGCUGUAGACUUCACCCAGGAAGAGUGGGCAUUGCUAGACACAUUCCAGAGACAACUGUUCAGAGAAGUGAUGCUGGAGAAUAUCAGUCAUCUGGUCUCAGUGGACAUUGAAAUUGCCUGUAAAAAGCAAGAGAUGAUAUUGAUGCAACUUAUCUACAGAAAUGACAAUUCUGAGGAUGCAUCACUGAUAUCUUACACUCAGAAGAAUUCCUUUAAAUGUAAUUAUUUGCAAGAGGAUUCCACCCUCAGAUCCACAGCGACUCAACAUGCAUUAACUCCCAUGAGAAAGAAACCAUAUUUAAGGAAACCAUUUGGAGAAGUCCUCAGUGAACAGUCAUCUUUUAAUAAACAUGAGCAGUUUCACACUACAAGUAAAUCCUGUGAAUGCCAUCAAAAUGCUAAAGCCUUUAUUAAAAGUGCUGGCCACAAACAAUAUGAUAGAACUCAAACUGGAGGUAAUCCAUACAAAUGCUUUCUAUGUGGAAAAGCAUUCAUUGGCUUUAUUGACUUUAGACAACAUGAGAGAACAAACACUAGAGAGAAACUGGAAUAUAACCUAUCUGGAAAAGCCUUCAGUCAGUCUUCUAAUCUUCAACACAUUGAGGGAACUCACUCUGGAGACAAACCCUAUGAAUGCAUUACAUGUGGGAAAGCCUUCACUUAUUAUUCUACGCUUAGUAUACAUGAGAGAACACACACUGGAGAAAAACCCUAUGAAUGCCAUCUAUGUGGGAAAACCUUCAGCCAAUGUCAUUAUCUUAGACAACAUGAGAGAACACACACUGGGGAAAAACCAUAUAAAUGCCGUAUAUGUGGGAAAACCUUCAGUGCUUGUUCUUCCCUCCAACAUGAGAGAACUCACAAUGGAGAGAUACCAUGUAAAUGCCAUGUAUGUGGGAAAGCCUACAGUUCUUUUUAUAGCCUCAAAAGACAUGAGAGGACUCACAGUGUAGAGAAACUGUAUGAAUGUCAUACAUGUGGGAAAGCCUUCAGUAAUUGUUCUGUCCUCAAACGACAUGUGACAACUCACACUGGAGAGAAUCCCUAUGAAUGUCACACAUGUGGGAAACCCUUCAUGCAUAUCUCUGUCCUGCGACAACAUGAGAAAACUCACACUGGAGAGAAACCCUAUGAAUGUAACCUGUGUGGGAAAGCCUUCACUCGACUUUCUAAACUUCAGCAACAUGAAAUUACUCACACUGGAGAGAAACCCUAUAAAUGUAAUCUGUGUGGGAAAGCCUUCACUUACCCUUCUGGUCUUCAACAACAUGGAAUUACUCACACUGGAGAGAGACCUUAUGAAUGUAAUCUGUGUGGGAAAGCCUUUUUUCAUAUCUAUAGCCUAAGACGACAUGAGAGAACUCACACUGGAGAGAAACCCUAUGAAUGUAAUCUGUGUGGGAAAGCCUUUGCUCAACCUUGUAGUCUUCAAAAACAUGAGACAAUUCACACUGGAGAGAAACCCUAUCGAUGCCAUAUAUGUGGAAAAGCCUUCAAUGAUUGUUCUUCUCUCAAACAACAUGAGAGAACUCACACUGGAGAGAAACCCUAUGAAUGUAAUCUGUGUGAUAAAGCCUUCACUGAUUGUUCUUCCCUCAAACAACAUGAGAGAACUCACACUGGAGAGAAACCCUAUCAAUGUAAUCUAUGUGAUAAAGCCUUCACUUAUCCUUGUAAACUUAAAAUACAUAUGAGAGUUCACACUGGAGAGAAACCCUAUCAAUGCCAUAUAUGUGGAAAAGCCUUCAGUGAUUGUUCUUCCCUCAAAAAACAUGAGAGAGCUCACACUGGAGGGAAACCCUAUCAAUGCUAUACAUGUGGGAAAGCCUUCAUUGAUUUUUCUAACUUCAAACAACAUGAGAGAACACACUAGAGAAUCCUGGUGAGUGCCAUAUAUGUGAUAAAGCCUUAAUUGGAUAUACUUAUCUUAAGCAACAUGAGAGAACCACACUGGAGAGAAACCAUAUGAAUGCCAUACAUGCAGAAAUUAAUAUACAGUAUUGAUCCAAAAUUAAGAGCCAGGUACUAAAAAUAUAUGCACUUGGUAUUGUCAAGUAAUAGAUUUUUUUCAUUCAUUUUUAUUGAGAUAUAUUCACAUACCAUGCAGUCAUACAAAUCAUACAUUCAGUUGU